GGCCACAACUCUAACUCACCCAUAUCAAUAUUUAUAAAAUAAGGUCGUUCACAUCUUCAAAGGAAGGUGACCUUAUCAUGGACCAUGGAAAGGGUUCUCCAGUACUGGGCCCUCGACAUGACUCUGGCAGCCGAGUCCAGAAGCCAGAAUCAGCAUCAGACAAGCUUGCCUCUUUGAAGGCUCGAGUCGCCGCAGCAGUUGGGAAUAGCAAAGCGAAAGGAGGUCUAAAUGUUGGUUUACAUCCUGCACUGGAAGAUCAUGGACAGUGGAAGCCCUCGAAGACUGUCGCGCCAAAGUUUGCGACGAGCAUAGGCAACGCACGACCUCUGGAGAAACAGUCUGCGAAAGGCAAAAAACAACUCGAUUUGUCAGGGCCGUCACCAGAAGAUAUCCGCAACAAUCCAUACUUUGAUAACAGCUUGGGCGGACAGACAGCAACACUCAAGAACAGGCAUUCACGACAGCUUGUGUUCAACCAAAAAGGGAAAUAUAUCCAGCAGGCAAAUGCACUCCGACGUCAGGCCGCCUUGGAGGCGAUGAAAAAGCGGAUCGCAGAGUCGUCACGGAAAAUUGGAAUCGAUGAAGAUUUAGACACAGAAAAGAACUAUCUCGUCGAGGCACCUCCUGAUGUCGAAUGGUGGGAUGAAGGCUUGGUGGAUGGCAAAGACUAUACGCACAUUGACGACCCGAAGAGACUCAAGCUAGACACAUCCGAUUCCAUUAUAACACACUACAUACAACACCCGGUUCUCCUUGAACCUCCGCAGGAGAAAAAUGUGCCGGCACCAAAGCCUAUGUUCCUAACAGCGAAGGAGCAGGCCAAAUUACGGCGGCAACGUCGCAUGGUUGAUCUUAAGGAGCAACAAGCAAAGAUUAGACUGGGUCUUGAGCCUGCACCUCCUCCAAAGGUUAAGAAAGGGAACCUCAUGCGUGUUCUUGGUGAAGAGGCUGUCAAAGAUCCAACUGCAGUCGAGGCGCGGGUCAACAGAGAAAUUGCGGAGCGGCACACGAAGCAUUUGGAUACGAACGAAGACCGAAAACUCACGAAAGAGCAAAAGCUCGAAAAAUUGGCGUUGAACCAGGAGAAGGAUGCCGCUAAAGGUAUUCACAUUAUGGUUUUCAAGAUCAACAGUUUGGCAAAUGGUAGCCAUCGAUUCAAGAUUGCCAAAAAUGCAGAGCAAUACGCUCUUACAGGAAUAUGCAUCAUGAACCCGAGAUUCAACCUGGUCAUUGUGGAAGGUGGAGAACACAGCAUCAGGCAAUAUAAGAAACUGAUGCUGUCCCGAAUUGAUUGGACGGAAAGCUCCCCGACAAGAGCGAAGGAAACGCAUCAAGAAGAAUUGGUGGACUGGCUGAAGGGAGAGGACGAGAAAGGGGCACUAAAAGACAUGAGUUUGAACAGCUGCACACUGGUAUUCGAGGGCGAAGAAAAAGCAAGAGCAUUUCGCAAAUGGGGAAGUAAAGUUUGCGAAACAGAUGCAACAGCACGGGAGGCAUUGACUAGGUCGAAGAUGGAAAACAUGUGGACUCAAGCGAAGACAAUGCCUUGAGAUGUAGAUAUUGUAACAAUUUAUACCCCAGAAAUUAGUAUUCGGGUCCUACUCCGAGAGUAACUAAAGAAUUAAUACGCCAUGCUUUAUGAACC